UCCACCAAUCCGACGCUCAGCUGCUUGCUGGACUUUUCAACGAGGAAGAGUUGCAAGGUUUACGUCAUCAUGGCUACCUCAUCUGUUUCGAAGGGCUGUUUUGUCUUUAAACCAAGUGCAAAAAAGAAAAAGACGUCUCUCACAGCAGCUGACUAUUUUAUUGAAGGCCUGAAGGACCCUGAAGAUGGCAAGAAGCGAUUUGAGAAUUGCCAGUUACUACGGCAACAGAUGAGCAUGCAGAUAGAGCAACUUCAAGAGGAACUAAAUGUAAAAUUGUUUGACAGCCUAAUACAGUUUUUAAGAAAAUCCCACUUGGAUUUCCAAGACAGAAAGGAAGACUGGAGCUGCAGGAUGCGAUCUAGUGAAAUUCCGACGGCUGCUCUCGUUCUUGGUGUCAAUGUCACAGAUCACGAGCUUACUUUUCGCACCCUCUGUCAUGUUCUCAAUGAUACUGUCACCCCAUAUGUGGUUUUAUUGCAAGCCAAGGAAUGCCCAGGGAUAAAACAACUGCUCCAGAAGCUGCUCAUCCAGUUAAUCGGCUGUAAUGCGGAUCUGGAGAUGGAUGAAGAGGAGGAGCACGUGACUGUCUCGCAGAGGAAAAUGAACUGUUCCAUGGCCUCUCUCAAUGGCUGGUAUCAGAAGGCCAUAAAGAAACCCAGUUCUCCAAAGAAGAAGCGUUCCUCUUCUUCAGGGCACUGGCAGUCACCUCCUGUCGUCAUCAUCUUCAAGGAUUUGGAAAGUUUUACAGCAAGCGUUCUUCAGGAAUUCAUUGUUAUAAGCAGUCGCUACAUACAUGAGUUGCCGCUUGUCCUGGUUUUUGGGAUUGCCACCUCACCAAUGAUAAUCCACAGGCUUCUCUCGCACUCCGUCUCCUCGCUGCUCUGCAUAGAACUUUUCCAGUCUUUGUCGUGCAUUGAGCAUUUAUCGACCGUAAUCAAUAAGCUGCUCCUCUCCAAUCAGUUCCCUCUCAAGCUCAGUGGCAAAGUCCUCCAGGUCCUCAUCACCAUCUUUUUGUACCAUGAUUUCUCUGUACAGAAUUUCAUCAAAGGGCUUCAGCUGGCAGUGAUAGAACAUUUCUACUCCCAGCCUCUCAGUGUGUUAUGCUGCAGCCUUCCUGAGGCCACCGAACACGUGAAGGACUUGUCACACUCACAGUGCGAAAACAUUCGCCAUUUAUCUUCCUUUAUGAGUUAUGUUGAAAGUCAGACACCAGAGAUACAAGUGAAUCUUCUGACCAGCGACGAUUACUUAAAGGCAACAACACAGAGGUUCCUUGAAGACUUGCAAUCUUACCAUGAAAACUUCAUUCCAGUCUUGAGAUGUCUACAUCAUUUCACCAGUAUUCUUCCCAAGUACCCUCUGGGAAAACAGAUCAGAGAGCUUUACUGUGCCUGUCUAGAAAAGAAAGUUUGGGAAACAGAAGACUACAAUUCAGCAUUGUCCUUGCUCCGGAUGUUGGCUAAAGAUGAGCUUGUGGCCACGCUGCAGAAAUGUGUGGACGAAUUGAAGCCAUCUUCUGGGAAACAGCUUGGGGAUGCAUUAGUUAAGCUAGAGGAAUUCUUGUUCUUCUUCCAGAAUCUCGAAGGAGAACAUUUGGAGAACUUUGAUGUUGAUGAUACGUCGCCUCAGAAAUCUCUGCAGAAAAAAACAGACCUGUAUCAACUUCAGAAGACGUUACUAGAAAUGAAAGAAACAAGAAGAUCAAAGAAACCAAGCAAGUUUGAAUGCCUUCGUCUUCAAGUUGUUGAUUUCAUAGAUGGUCUUGUAAGAGAGUAUCUAGCUCCCCCCGAGUCCCAGCCUUUGCAUGAAGUGAUAUAUUUUAGUGGUGCCAGCACCAUCCGCAGGCACCUGAAUGCCGUUCCUAGAAGUGCACUUCACGCAGCUCUCAACAACCCUGGAUCUUACUUAAAGUGCAUAGAGGGUGAGAGUGGCUCCAUUUCUAGCUCGGCCCCGGAUAUCUGCAUUGCCUACAAACUGCAUCUUGAGUGCGGGAGACUGAUUAACCUGUAUGACUGGUUAGAGGCUUUUGCAACCGUGGUCAAUGCUAAUGAUGGGAGCGACUCGGAUGCCCCCAAUCAAGUGGAUAAGGUUACUCAUGCUCGUUUUAUCAGAGCCGUUUCCGAGCUGGAGCUCCUGGGAUUUGUAAAACCCACCAAACAAAAGACUGAUCACGUAGCUCGACUGACAUGGGGUGGAUGCUAAAUAAAGAGAAAAGGCAUAAUC